AAUAACAGUUAAUAUAUGUCAACCCAAUUUGAACAUGUUUUCAGAAAAUUGGGAGUGUAUUUUAUUGAUUCGUCAAAACAAAACAUUAACGUUCAAGUUUUAUUUUAUUUUCUUAAAACGUGUUACUAGAUAAAAUGGAGGAGAGUAAAACGCAAAUCAAACGCGAAACAACGCCGUUUACGGAAUCUGGAGAGUGCAUAGAUGAAAUAGAGUUCGUAUUUGAUGACGAAAGAAGUUUAUAUGUUUCACAAAACUUUUUAAAGUAUGUCUCCCCAGUGUUCAAAGCAAUGUUCGAGCACGACUUUAAGGAAAAGGAAAAUAAAAGCGUGACCAUGACAGGGAAAAAGUACGAAGAUGUUUUGGAAUUCUUACUUUGUUUACAUCCAAACAUGCAAAAGUCUGUUACUAAAGACAAUGUUCUUUCAGUUGUGCACAUAGCAGAGGAAUAUCAAGCUGAAUUAAUGAUAACACGGUGUCAGAGUGUCAUGUCUGAUUGGCUCAAGUCGGAAUUAGCCUUGGCCCAAACACCAACAUCGCUUGAGGAUAGAAGUAGACGGGCAAGGACUUGUCUGAGAGUGAUGUCUGAAGCAAACAGUCUACAAUACGAGACUCUUGUUAAAGAAGCAUGUACAGUUAUUGCAUACUUCGGACAUGUUAUAUUUACUGGAACUGUACUGUUGCCGCCAAGUUACAGUAAAUUUGCUAUCAGACAACGUAAAAUAUUAACAAAUGUUGACAAUCCUGUUAGUGAUUGUAAAAAGCUUUUUGACAACUUAUCCAUUGAGUUAAAGUACGAAUUAAUACAAAAAAGAUUGAAAUUGUGUGAUACUUUAGAAAUGUAUGAAGCAAAUGAGUAUUAA